AUUUCCCCUAACAGCUAUUGGCAAUUCUAGCUGACUGCUAUGAUCUAUAUCAUGGUCCAAUUGUUUUAUUUGUAGGUAUCUGGUAGUGCACAAUAUGUUACCUUAAGGGCUGGAUGGAAAAUGAGGUCACUUGAAGGCACAGGUGCAAACACUCGGGGCCGAGUGUGACGUGUCACUCCCCCAUUGUGCUGUUCUGGUGAUGGGACCCUUCAGUGCUGCUGCAGGACUCAUUAAUUCAUAUUCCUGGUUCCCUCCUCACCAUUUUUAUUGAGAAUAAUACCAAAACGCUGGACAUCUACAGCAACUUUCACCUCAGGAGCUCAGACAUCUGAGACGCCUGAUGGGCUCCCUCCAGAAAACAGCUGUCUGCCUCCUGUUCCUGUUUGUUUUUUCAAGUGCGUCCCACAGCAAACUUGCACCGUUCACUUGCAGUGAUGUCAAGACAGAAUAUAACAAAACAGCAGCAAUUUCAUGCAUUGGCAGCAAGAAGAUUACAAACAUGGUAGUUAAGCGCUGUGAAAACUGUAAUGAACAGAACUCAUGCUUAGAAAGUUUUAUUAACACAUGGAAAGGAAAGGAUUCCAGUGAAAAGGGAAGAAUUCAGUUGGUGCUACAACACAACAUUUCUGAAUUGCACAUACAGGAAGUAAAAGCAACUGAUCAAGGAGGUUAUAAAUGGUAUAUUUAUUCUGAUGCUGGGGAAUACCAUGGAUGUAUAACCCUUGAGAUUACAGUUCCAGAAAUUGAGCCUAUCCUAACCAGAAACGGAAGAAAGCUCGCCUGUCUGUCACCUAUAGGGCAUCGAGAAAGGCAGAUCCAUUGGUUCGAUGGCCACGGGACUAACCUGACGGGCAGGGCAAGCCUGGUAUCUGAGGAAGCAGAAGGUGGUUUAACCAGCCUUACCAGCACUCUCCAUGAGAAACUCACCUUAACUGCCUCCGAGUGUUGCUGCACUGUGCUGUAUGAUGUGCACACCAAGAGAAGCAAAACCAAGUGCAUUCGUGCCCACAAAGCAGUCACUGAUUACCCUCAUUUUACUUCAACCCCAGAUCCAGAAAUUCCGAAGACCAAGAAAGAUCACUUUCCCAUCAUUCUAGUGCUCGUCGUUCUGGUUCUCUGCUGGCUUGCAGCUGUUUUAUACUAGAAGCACCGCCAGCGAGAUGAAAAUGCACCUAACCAAGAAGUCUGACAUAUGAAAACAAGAUGGCUCCUGAAUGAAAACGAUGAUCCAGCCUGCACCAAUGCAACUGAAUUUAAGCAAAGCAGUAGAUACAGAAACUCAGACAUUCAGUACAUACACGCUAAGCAAUCAAACAAUGUGAAGCAACUAGUAUUUUAAAGACUUUCUUUGACAGACAUCCCCUGUUUUGGAGACUGGUGGCUACAUUCUCCUCUCAUUUCACUGUUGUAACUCAUUGGAAAAUGUGGCCUGAUAAUUUGAGCAGAGUUCUUUCCCUCCCUGAAACACUGAUGCUUUAAGGCCGUAUUUUCCCCACUUUUGACGGAAUCAAAGCUUUGCAUAGCUAGCCCUUUAGGAUGGGCUAAUAUGGCAGCUAGAUGUAUGUAGCAUUGUAUCCCCCGAUUAACCUGCAGCCAUCAGGACAGAAGUGCAGUGCACCAUCACAAAGACUUUAUGACCUUGUAGUGGGGUGGUCACCUGCUCCUGCCCUGAGGGGUUUAAAGACAGCCCUGGGAGAGGGCAGGUGCAGGGGAAAGCAGCCGCAGCUGGGCCA